CUGUCUAUAUAUUCAAACGUAAACCCCUCGCCAAGUUGAAAUAUAUAUCUCCAUAUUAAUCCCCAGAUAUUCACCAAACUGUGUGAGACCAUCACUGCUAAAAACAAGGGCAAAAUUCCCCAUUGUCAUUUUCUUUCAUACUCAGCCCUAAAAAUCCCUCUAACAAAAACAGAAAAAAAUUUCUUCUUAUUUCUCUUGGAUCGGAGAUCGAAUUAUUGAAUUGAAGCUGAGCAUGAUGAUGAGCAGCAGUUCUGACAGUUGCGGCGAGGAAUCGGAGCACGGGCCGGAAAAAUUUUCCGACGAAAACGCCGGCGUGGGGCGAUCGUACGAGUGCACUUUCUGCAAGAGAGGGUUCACUAACGCGCAGGCACUGGGAGGCCAUAUGAAUAUUCACAGGAAGGAUAAGUUGAAAGCCAAACAGCCCUGCAAUAAUCAACAAAAAUCUGCAGAAUUUUCCAAAAAACCCAAAUCCAAUCAUGCUCAAAUUGAUCAUGAAGUAUACGCACAGAUCUCUAGUCAACAGCAACAAGAACAAAGUUUCUGCUAUUCAUCUUCAAGGGCAUAUGUUAAGUAUCACCAAUUCUUCUUCCCAUCGUCAAACCCUAGCUACCAAUUCCAAGUGUUGGAUCAUCGUGGGCAUUAUCGGAAUUUCGCCCUGCAUGGAGAUGCAGAUCUUAGCCUCAGAAUUGGCAGCCCAGAUGAUGAGGAACAAGAAAGAAAGGAAGGUAUGGAGGUAAGUGAAGUGGAUUUGGAGCUCCGUCUUGGCCCUAAUUCAGCGUUUAUGUGA